GAGUGACACUGACAUCUAGAUGCAGAGAAGCAUAUUACACUUGCCCUUACUGUCGUGAAAUCACGCGUGUUUCCACUUGCCCACAGUUCAGAGGUCGUUCAGAACAGAAGAUGGCAGAGUCAUUGAUUUGUAACAACACGCAAAGCAGGGUGAGUUCUGUGCUGAACAGAGAUGUCAGACAGUUCGGAAAGAAGUUCAUGUUUGAUUCCAACGAGGAGACCUGCUGGAAUUCUGACCAGGGUGAAUCCCAGUGGGUAGUCUUGGAGUUUCCACAGCCUGUGAAAGUGUCAGAGCUCAGGCUACAGUUCCAAGGAGGAUUUUCAGGGAAAUCUUGCAAAUUAGAAGUGAGUCAUUUGAAUCAUAUUAAACAGAUUCCUUCAAAAACUAUGAUUCAUUUAAGUACCAAACAAGUGACUGCCUUAAUUGGGUUCUGCAAAAGAAAAGGAUCUCAAACAUAUUGUAGACUUCUAUCCAGAGGACAACAACUGUCUACAAAGUUUUCCCAUUCAAGAUCCCCCUUUGGUUCAGAGGCUGAAAAUAGUGUUUGAAAACAGUGCUGACUUUUUUGGAAGAAUAAUUGUUUACACAUUAGAAAUCCUGGGGGAAAGGGUUUUGUAAUGUUUUGAGAAAAAGGACAAAGAGGAAGUAUGAAGAGGCGGGAAUGCCAACCAACCCCCCCACCCUUCCUUUCACCCCUGGAUGUGGAAUUUAUUCCCACCUACUCACAGGAAAAGCAUAAACUGAUGUUACUUUGGAUUUCAUUUCAUUGUUUCUACAGAGCCUCUAUGGAUUAUAUUCACAUGUCUUUUCCGAUCAACACAAAUGAACUGCAUGUCUGUAAAAGCGUUUUUAAUAAAAAAAAAUACAAAAAAAAUACAAAAACA